UCCAGUCUCAAAUGAGACUGUGCAUUUUACUAAGCUGUCGUUAUUUUUCUUUUUAUACGGUAAGCUAUAAGUUUUGAUGUCUCAACUUGUGCAGACGACGAGAUGAGUAUACUGCAAUAAAUAAAUAAUGCAUUAAUUAUGUUUUAUAUUCAUGUUUGUUCCGUUUAUACGUGCAAAAAUCAUUAUCAUUGUUUCCUAAAAAAUAUAGUUAUUAAUACAAUAUUUUAAUGUACUCUCGAUUGAUCGAAAUCUUCUGGAAGCAAAAUAAUUCUUAUAUCAUGUGGAUGCAGGAAAAAAUACUUUUGACAAUUUAAUACUUAUAAAUUGAGUAAUGUGUUGUACCAACAAAAUGGUGAUUGAAUCCACAUCUAGAAGACAGAUACAAUCGGAUAUCAGUUUUUCUCCUAAAAACUUGAAAAAUUAUGAAGAAUUUAUUUGCGGUUUUGGAUCCGGAUUUGUAAAUAUAGUCAUAACCUUUCCUAUUAACAAAAUUAUGUUUCGCCAAAUGCUACAUGGUGUAAACUCCCAGCUUGCAUUGAAUCAAAUUAAAAAGGAAGGUUUGCAAUUCUUGUAUAGAGGAUGCUUUCCCCCAUUAUUACAAAAAACUACAAAUGUUUCUUUGAUGUUUGGUUCACUGAAAGCGUAUAAAAGCCAUUUAUCUGAAUCUUUUCCAUCUCUGAAUAGUUUUAUUAUUCUCUCUGUUGCGGCAACUUUAGCAGGUGGCACAGAAGCACUUCUUACUCCACUAGAAAGGGUUCAAACUUUGUUACAAGAUGGACAUUAUAAUAAUAAGUUUAAGAAUACUUAUCAUGCCUUUGCAGAAAUGAGAAAGUGUGGUUUUAAGGAAUACUAUAGGGGAUUAACGCCUAUUUUAUUUCGUAAUUCAGGAUCUAAUAUAGUAUUCUUUGGCUUGAGAGAUCAAGUUAGAGAUUUUUUGCCACAUUCUCAUUCUACGCUUGAAAAUGUGUUACAUGAUUUUGUCACUGGUGCUGUGGUAGGAGCUUUGACUAGUACAAUAUUUUAUCCAGCCAAUGUUAUAAAAACUAAAAUGCAAGUAUGCUACAACGCUCCCUUUAUGACUUUUUCUCAAGCCUUUAAGCAAACAUAUGAAGAGAGAGGAAGGAGUAUAAGAAAAAUGUACAUGGGGGUCCAUAUCAACUAUAGUAGAGCCUUUAUUUCAUGGGGUAUUAUUAAUGCCUCCCAACAAUUGUUAAAGAAGUAUUUUUUUAGUGGUGAAAAAAAUUCUUGAUGUAAAUUCAAUUGAGAAUGCUAGAUAUUUUUCUUAAAUUAUUUUGUUUUGUUAAGAAUCUUUAUUUUAAUAGUAUUUGUUUUUAUUUAAUUAAAAUUGUUAUUGUCAAUUUUAUUUAUUAAAUAAAACAGAAAGAAAUUGACCCUAUUUUAUCCCUACAAUACAGAGGUUUUAAUUCUCUGAAAAUGGUGACUUUUGCAGACUUUUUUUAAAAUUAAAACAUACUCUAAACAUUUCAUUUUAAUUAUUGUGGGAUGCCUAAUUUAUGUUUGUACAAAACUAUUUUUUUAAAAAAAAAAACAGUCUGUAGCUUUAUUGUUGUAAAGGGAUAAAAAAAAUUGUCUCUCACAAUUUCAAAAGAUUUUAUUAAAUUUUGAAUAUUCUUUAUGUAUAUUUGAAUAUUCUUUUAUCAUUAUUAUAAUAAUUGUAGUGCAAUAAAUACCUCUACUAUACAUCUAGCACAAAUAUAAAAUCUGCUUAUGAAAAAGAUGAAAAGCAUCAUACUGUUGUUUUUAUUCAAUUUCAGUAUAGUCUUUCGUUUUAAAUAUCAUUUGUUAUAGUCAAUACCAAUUUGCUUAAAGAAAUUCCUAGUUAACAUGCUUUUUAGUAUGGUUUGUUGUUUCGUUCUCCUUGCUAUCCCUUUUUUGUUUAAAGCCCAGUUAAGCUACUCAUAAUGUGAGUAGUUAGAUGUCAUUAUUCCUGUAUUUUCUUACUAUAGAAUUUUUUUAGGUACUUUUUGGUUAAUUGGAAACUAGCGAAAAGUCGUCAACAUUUUUUAUUUUCUCUUACUAUUUUUUAUUUAAUUAAUUUUUUUUAAAGACUGAACAAAAUGGAUAUUCACAAAAGAAUAAAAAUAUGGAAAAAAUUGUUAAAUCUCUUUGCUCCAACUAGCCAGAAAGUACCUGUUUUAUUAUACAUUUAUUAGUUAAUGACAUUUACUUCACAAUUAAAAAGCUUAUAGAAAAUCAAAAUUUGCAGUGCUUCAAAAAUAAAAACACAUUUACAAUGCUUUUAUUUAUAUUACAUCAAUUCAAAAAUAUGGAGCAUGUUGUUUUCUGGAUAUUAGAAGAUUUUGCAUUAAUUUCUUUUUUUAUCUUUAUUUUUGUACCAAUUGUAGUAAUUUUUCUAUAUACCUCUGCUUCCUUACUGCAUCUUUUGUUCCUAGUUCUGUAAAACAUAGUCACUGCUACCACUUAAUUGUAAUUACAAUGUUGUGUAAGUGUUUAUUUAUGGUUAUAUUCUUUUAUGUUUUUGUUGUAAUAGUUUUGUUUCACUGACUUAUUAUAAAGUGUGACUUAAUCUCAUAAUUU